AAAAAGGAUAUUUUUUUUAAUAAAAAUAAAGAAAAAAUGAAAUUAAUUAUAUUAACGCUUCUUUUUGGCCUGCUGGGUUAUACCAUAUCUAAGCCCUUGGAUGAUGCCUCUGAUGCUUUGGUAGAAAUUGAAAAACAAAGACUUAUAAAAUUUCCCGAAGAAGUCGAAAAGCCCAGUGUUGUGGAGGGCGAUGAAAAACAUGAUGAAGCUAAACGUAUAUUGCAGGAAAUUGAAAAAAUUAAUCAAGCUUUGGGCUAUGUGAAAAAACAAGCCGAUCCUACACGUUCACCCGCCAUACUAGACUCUUCGCAAUAUUUGUUUCCCAAUACGGGAUAUCAACCAUUUCAUGUACAAAGUCCACCAGUAAUGGGAGUUAAUGGUGAAACUUUGUUAUUACCCUCUAUAAGAUCGGUGAAAUUGGAAACAGUUCAUCAUAAUAAAGCAAGUGAGCACAAUAGACCUCCAACGAGAAAACCACAAAAGCCCAAAGUAACAGCAAAACCACAAAAGCCCAAAGUAACAACAAAACCAAAAAAUCCUUUAUAUUUCAAGCCACAACGUGUUGAGAUACCAGCACCCCAGACGAAAGCGGAAGAAAAACUAUUGCCCAGUCAUUUUGUUAUACCAGUAAGACUAUUUAAGCAAAACAAGCAGCAAUAUGUUGCAAAGAACAAUCCUCAGGAGUAUAAGGUUAAAGGUUACAAAAUCGUAGGUGAUAUAGAUCAUUUCUAUGGCAAAACUAAAGCCAAUAAAACUUCUACUAACAGUAAAGUUAAGUCUACAGCAAAAUAUCAUUUAUUCUUUUUGCCCCAAGAAGUGGUGCCAAAAAGUACGUUGAAAGAUAUUAAAGCCAUUGAUGACAACUCUAAGGAAAAUACCUCCAGGGAAGAAAAAGUGAACCAUAGGCCUUAUAAGGUGCAGGCUAAUAGUCAAACUGUGACCACUGGUAAUACAGUUAAUACUACUAGUUCUUCACAAAUCGUUAGAAAACGUCUGGUAGCAAAACCUCAAAAAUCUUCCGUAGUUUCGGCUUCCAGCAGUACCGUAGUUAAAGUACAACCCACAACUAAUGGCAGCGGUCAACAGCAACAACAAGUACAACAACAGCAGCAGCAACAACAACAGCAACUUUAUGAAAAACCUACUGCUGCCCAACAGAUAACACAAAUCAUACAACCAUCUGAGGCUACACCUUCUUAUAACGCUUUAAAUAAUCCAACUGCUGCAACCAAUAACAACAAUAAUAAUCCCAAUCAAAUCAUCAAAAAUAGACCCUUGUUUAAUCUACAAAACGGUAAUAACAACAACAAUAACGGCAUCAAAAAUCGUCCCCUUUUGGAAUUGCAAAAUAAUAUCAACAACAUUAAUAAUGCCACUUCCAAUGCCAUUAAGAAUGCCUUUCAAAAUAUUUUCCGUUUACCCUUUCGUCCCCAAGACCCUAAUAAACCUUUAACAGCUACCGAAUUUACUCCAGUACAAACAGUGCCUCUGCAAAUACCACAACUAUUGCCGGCUCCACAACAGCAAUUUUACACCAGUCCUAGUUCACCACAAGCUCCUCCCCAUCCCUUCUAUGGCAACGAUGAAGUACAAAAUGACCAUUUAGAUUCUGAUUAUAAAUGGGAUGAUGAAAAUGUCAGUGCUGAUAGUUCUAGCUCAGGCGAUCAAUACACCUAUAACACUUCUCAAGAAUCAGGUGAACCUGAGGAAAAGAAAAUUUUCUCUCAUCUAUUAAAGCACAAACAGGAAACUCAAAGCGAUGCCCUCAAACAUGGCGGUAUUAUUAUUCAAAGACUUAAGGUACGCAAGGGAGGUAUUGCUAUAGCUGGACCCGGUGGUGUAGCUACAGCUGGCAGUGGUGGUACAGCUAUUGUAGGCCCCGGCGGUUAUGCUCUAACACAUCCCCGUAGUUUAACUAUAGCCGGUCCGGGUGCCAAGAUUAUUGCCAUACCUUCGAAUGUUGAUUUGAAAGAUGCAUUACAGAGAACAAAUUUAGAGUCACAAAUGUUUCCGCGUGAGGGACGUAUAGUGGCUACUGGGCCAACGGUCUAUUACGCUCCGCCUACUGGAGAUUAUGUAGAGAUUUAAAUAGCCAUUGGUUUUGUGUAAAGGGGGUCCUUCGAAGAAGAUUGUUUAUUUCUUUUCUUUUUCUAAUUCUUUAUUUCGAAGUAUUAUUUUUAAGUUUUUCGACUUUAUAUAUUUUUUACUUAUUAAUUAAUUGUUUACUUUAGUUUAAUUUUAAGUAGUGGGUAUUUAUCUUAGAGUAAUGUUAGUUUAAGUAAAGUGCUUUGUUGAAAAAUCUGUGUUUAAAAAGCUUAAACAAUAUAUUAACAUAUUGCGAUCUUUGGUGGUUAUUAACAUUAAAAUCAGUUUUUUAAAAGAGUUUUCAGUAAAAGGAAAAGCCUUUGAAAUUGAAAUGUUCAGCUCAGUUCUAGUUCUAGUUCAGUUCUAGUUCAGUUCUAGUUCAGUUCUAGUUCAGUUUUAGUUCAGUUCUAGUUCAGUUCUAGUUCAGUUC